AAUUACAUAGCAAAGCGUGUAGAUUGAAUUAUAACCGGUACUACCCCGUGUGCAAGUAUGUUUGUGUGUUUGUAGACAUCAUGUUGUGUCGUCGAUUGAUUGUGUUACUAGUGUUUAUUGUUUGUUCUUUAGGUCAAGAUUAUGACGAGCAAACAAGUCACACAAAAACAGUAAUAAAUGGUAGAGAUUAUGCUAUGGAUUGGACACCCCAAGUAAAAGAAUAUACAGGACUCCUUAAUAUAGAGUGCAUGCAGCAGUACUACCGAAUCUACAUAACAAGAACUAUUCCACCUAGAACCUACUAUUACCACCACGAAGUUCUUGCCGCAGAUACCUACUCGCGUUACUACGAUUUUGAUGGUAGCGUUGAUAUUGGCUGGCGUAUAGUCGGUGGUCAGUUGGUGGACAUAAAAGAAGUUCCGUACCAGGUUCUAUAUGGCAAGUACUGCGGUGGGACACUUAUAGCUCCUGAGUGGGUGAUCACCGCAGCCCACUGUAAAGAAAAAGCGGAAUUUGUAUAUGUCGGAUCGACACAACGCAGCCAGGCGACGCCCUACAAAAUUUGUGCCCAUUACACCCAUCCCUUGUGGAACCAGUCAAAACUCCACACUCAUGACUAUGAUUACCAGCUCAUUUUACUGGAGAAAGCUGUUCCCGUCACAGCUACCACUAGGCCCAUCGCGAUUGGCAAUAUUGGAGAUGUUAGACCCGGCGUCAUGAUUGGCAUUAGCGGAUGGGGGCAUUUAUCUUAUAGUAAGAAAAGCCGCAUGCAAGACUAUUUGCGACGCGUAUUUGUGCCAGUGAUGGCAGACGAGCUCUGUAAAGAGAUGCCUGACGGCAACUAUAACAUGAUUACACCAAGAAUGUUUUGCGCUGGAUACAUCAAUGGGACAAAGGAUUCAUGUCAGGGUGACUCGGGCGGACCAGCAGUUGUUAACGCAAAAUUGGUUGGCAUAGUGUCAUACGGUGUCGGAUGCGCCGGUGCCGGACAUCCCGGCGUCUACAGCCUUGUGCCCGUAGCCAGGCAGUGGAUACGAAGUGUCACCGGUCUACCUUUAUAAUAAUCUUGCCCAUAUCUAUUGUUACGUUAUUAUCUAUAUACAAUGUUGGUUUCUCUAUA